CAUGGAUCACUGCCUUGCUGUGGCGAAGGGGCUUGAAGAACUCAGAGAAGCUAUGAACUACGCCAAGCAGGGCACACAAGAUGAACAGGUCAUAGUGGAGAGUUUUGACCAAACGUGAUCCACCUGGAGGAGGAACCGGCAAGCCACUCCAGUAUCCUUGCCAAGAAAACUCCAUGGACAAAGACAACAGGCAUAUAAAAGUUAUGACGCUGGAAGAUGAGCCCCUCAGGUCGGAGGGCAUCCAACAUGCUAAUGGGGAAGAGCGGAGGACAAGUACAAGUAGAUCCAGAGCUGAUGAAGCGGCUGGGCCAAAGCCGAAAGGACGCUCAGUUGCGGAUAUGCCUGGAAGCGAAAGGAAAGUCCAAUGCUGUAAAGAAAAAUAUUGCAUAGGACCCUGGAAUGUAAGAACCAUGAACCUGGGUAAGUUGGAGGUGGUCAAAAAUGAGAUGGCAAGAAUAAAUAUUGACAUCCUGGGCAUCAGUGAACUAAAAUGGACGGGAAUGGGCGAAUUCAGUUCGGAUGACCAUCACAUCUACUACUGUGGGCAAGAAACCCGUAAAAGAAAUGGAGUGGCCCUCAUAGUCAACAAAAGAGUGGCAAAAGCUGUACUGGGAUGCAAUCUCAAAAAUGAUAGAAUGAUCUCGAUACGAAUCCAAGGCAGACCUUUUAACAUCACAGUAAUCCAAGUUUAUGCACCAACUACUGGUGCUGAAGAAACUGAAAUUGACCAAUUCUAUGAAGACUUACAACACCUUAUAGAAGUGACACCAAAGAAGGAUGUUCUUCUCAUUAUAGGGGAUUGGAAUGCUAAAGUAGGGAAUCAAGAGAUAAAAGGAACAACUGGCAAGUUUGGCCUUGGAGAUCAAAACGAAGCAGGGCAAAGGCUAAUAGAGUUCUGUCAAGAGAACAAGCUGGUCAUCACAAACACGCUUUCCCAACAACACAAGAGACGACUCUGCACAUGGACAUCACCAGAUGGGCAGCAUCGAAAUCAGAUUGAUUAUAUUUUCUGCAGCCAAAGAUGGAGAAGCUCUAUACAGUCAGCAAAAACAAGACCUGGAGCUGACUGUGGCUCAGAUCAUCAGCUUCUUAUAGCAAAAUUCAAGCUUAAACUGAAGAAAGUAGGAAAAACCACUGGGCCGGUAAGAUACAAUCUAAGUCAAAUCCCUUAUGAAUACACAGUGGAAGUGAGGAACAGGUUUAAGGAUUUAGAUUUGGUGGACAGAGUGUCUGAAGAACUAUGGAUGGAGGCUCACAACAUUAUACAGGAGGCAGCAACGAAAAUCAUCCCAGUGAAAAGGAAAUGCAAGAAAGCAAAGUGGCUGUCCAAUGAGGCCUUACAAAUAGCAGGGCAGAGAAGGCAAGCAAAAUGCGAGGGAGAUAGUGAAAGAUACAGGAAAUUGAAUGCAGAUUUCCAAAGAAUAGCAAGGAGAGACAAGAAGGCCUUCUUAAACGAGCAAUGCAAACAAAUAGAGGAAAACAACAGAAUGGGAAGAACAAGAGAUCUGUUCAAGAAAAUUGGAGAUAUGAAAGGAACAUUUCGUACAAAGAUUACCAUAAUAAAGGACAAAAGUGGUAAGGACCUAACAGAAGCAGAAGACAUCAAGAAGAGGUAGCAAGAAUACACAGAGGAAUUAUACCAGAAAGAUAUGGCUGUCUCGUACACCCCAGGUAGUGUGGUUGCUGACCUUGAGCCAGACAUCCUGGAAAGUGAAGUCAAAUGGGCCUUAGAAAGCACUGCAAAUAACAAGGCCAGUGGAAGUGAUGGUAUUCCAGCUGAACUAUUUAAAAUUUUAAAAGAUGAUGCUGUUAAGGUGCUACACUCAAUAUGCCAGCAAAUUUGGAAAACUCAGCAGUGGCCAGAAGAUUGGAGAAGAUCAGUCUACAUCCCAAUCCCAAAGAAGGGCAGUGCCAAAGAAUAUUGCCAGAAGAAAUAUCAACAACCUCAGAUAUGCAGAUGACACAACCUUGAUGGCAGAAAGUGAGGAGGAAUUAAAGAACCUUUUAAUGAGGGUGAAAGA